AUUUUAUUUAUACAAAAUAAAAUGGUCAGGAUUUGCUCUCUUUUUUUUUGUUUCUUAGUUAAAGCAUUUGCUCUUGUUUGCACUUUGCAGAGACUUGUGUCGAAACUACCUUUCGGGCACAAUCCCAAUGGAGUGGGCUUCAAUGCGAUACCUCACUUAUAUCUCGCUUUGUGCAAAUCGUUUGUCUGGGCAAUUACCAAUUGGGUUACAAAACUUCAAGAAUCUGACAUUCCUAGGGAUGGAAGCAAACCAGUUCUCUGGUCCAAUUCCUGAGGAGCUUGGUUACUUAACCAACCUAAAAGGAUUGGAACUUGCGUCCAAUCAAUUUACAGGAAGCCUUCCUACAUCUUUCGCUAAACUAGUUAACCUUGAGAAAUUUAGGAUAUGUGACAAUAACUUUACUGGCACCAUCCCAGAAUAUAUCGGCAACUGGUCUCGGCUUCAAAGGCUAGAUAUAUACGCAAGUGGCNCU